CGGGCCGCGGGGCGGAGCGCAGCGGGGCCGUCAUGCCAGCGCUGCCCGGCGCCGCCGCCAGUACCAAGGCUGCUGUCCGCAUGGCGGCCGGCAGCGGCAACAAGACGGCCGCGGCCGGGCGGGCCUACGACAUCGUGGUGUUCGGCGCCUCGGGCUUCACCGGCCAGUUCGUGGUGGAGGAGGUGGCGCGGGCGGCGGCGGCGGCGGCGGCCGGCGAGGGGCAGUUGUGCGGCGGCCGCCUGCGCUGGGCCGUGGCCGGGCGGAGCCGCGAGAAGCUGCGGGCGGUGCUGGAGCGGGCGGCCGAGCGGCUGGGGAAGGCGGCGCCCGGGGACGAGGUCGGCGUGCUGCUCUGCGAUGUGGGCGACGCGGGCUCGCUGGCCACCAUGGCGAGGCAGACCCGGCUGGUGCUGAACUGCGUGGGCCCGUACAGAUUCUUUGGAGAGCCUGUGGUAGAAGCUUGUGUUGAAAAUGGUGCAAGCUGCAUUGACAUUAGUGGAGAACCCCAGUUUCUGGAAGGAAUGUACCUGAAAUACAAUGAAAAAGCUGCAGAAAAGGGAGUAUAUGUUGUUGGAAGCUGUGGCUUUGACUCCAUCCCGGCGGAUAUGGGAGUGCUGUACACCAGAGACAAGCUGAAAGGUACCUUGACUGCUGUUGAGAGUUUCCUGUCGGUGAAAUCUGGGCCUGAGGGUGCUGCUGUACACGAUGGGACCUGGAAGUCAGCUGUCUAUGGCCUUGCAGAUGAAGACAGCCUGAAGAAGCUUCGCAGACAGAUAGGAUAUGCCCCUGUCCCAGUAGUUGGUGCAAAGCUUAAAAAAAGAGGAUUUUUGUUCUACAGUCCAGAAUUCAAGAAGUACUGCCUCACAUUCAUGGGAUCGGAUGGUUCUGUUGUGAAAAGGACCCAGCGUUAUUUGCACACCGAGUUGCAGCAAACACCUGUCCAGUAUGGUGCUUACGUGGCUUUGGGUGGUCUUGGCACUGUUAUCAAGCUGAUGUUUAUGGGCAUGUUAUUUCUUCUUCUGGUGAAGUUUAACUUUGGAAGAAAACUUCUGACAAAAUACCCGAAAUUUUUCUCUGGUGGAUAUUUCACAAAGGAAGGACCAACCCAGAAGCAGAUGGAUGGAACCUCUUUUACAAUGACUUUCUUUGGCGAGGGUUACAGUGAGGGACAAGAUCCCCAAAAGGGCAAACCAAAUGUGAAGAUCUGCACUGAAGUGAAAGGACCAGAGCCUGGAUAUAUUGCUACACCAAUUGCAAUGGUUCAAGCAGGUCUGUCUCUUCUGGAAGAUGCAGCUUCUCUGCCUAAACGGGGUGGUGUAUAUUCUCCAGGAGCCGCCUUCUCCAAAACAAAACUGAUUGAUCGCCUCAACAAGCGUGGUGUUGAGUUCUCUGUUAUUAGCAAGCCUGAAGUCUGAAGUCAAAACAUAACUGUAUGAACUAACAUCUUUCCUGGGUCUAACU